GAUAGGAUCAUGCCGGAUGAGAAUACUGCCCACAAAGUUCACCCGGCGCCAGAAUGGCUCACCACGGAUUAUGUGCAGGAAAAGCUGCGUACUUACUUCAAAAAUAGUUCGCUUAAAUUGGACAAACUGGACACAAAGCCAGCUGUGGCCAAUGGAGGAAACUACGGCAGUGUGAUGACCCGCAUCAAUGUGGAGUACACCACGCAGGAAGUUAAGGGAAAGCAGACCACUACAUUCCUGGUUAAGACCACAUUUGCGGACAAGGAUCCCGCCGGCGAUGUGCUCAUCCACUAUGGAGUCUACACCAGGGAGAUGGAUAUAUACGAUCAGAUCCUUCCCCAGUUGGCGCAGAUGGUAAGGCAAGAGCUCAAGGAUCCCAGGAAGCUGUUUGCGGCCACCAUGAAUGUGGAUCGCCAGCGGGACUCGAUCAUCUUCGAAGACAUGUCGCUGGAACACUACAAAGUGGCCUGUCGCCGGAAGAAACUGGACCUGGAGCACACUCAUCUGGUGCUGGAGAAACUGGCCAAGUUCCAUGCAGCUGGAGCAGUUUUAUCCGAGCGUCAACCUGGCAUCUUUGCCAAGAACUACGAUCGUGGUUUCUUCAACAAACAUACUCGUGCCUAUGGACCAAUUAUGACCAAUCUUCUGGAGGCCCUCUCCCGUUCCCUCACCUCGGAUUUGAAUUUGGGUCCAAAAUACAAAGCCAAAAUCGACCGGCUUGUCGAACGUCUGAUGGAUUACGGCGAACGAUCGACUACGAACAAUCCGGGCGACUUUUUAACCCUAGCCCAUGGCGAUCUUUGGACCACCAACUUCAUGUUCCAGUACGAUGCAAAGGAUCACCCCAUCAAUGCCAUUUUUAUCGACUUUCAGUUCAGCGUUUGGAACUCGCCGGCCAUCGAUCUGCACUACUUCUUUGCCACCUCAUUGCAGGAUGAUCUCCGCUUCGGACAUCAGUCGGAAUUGGUCCAGUUUUAUUACUACAAGCUAGUGGAGGCCCUCAAGAAGCUGAAGUUUGCGGGAGCGAUCCCCAGCCUAUUUGAUUUCCACCUGCAGUUCCGCUCCAGAGGUUUCUAUGCUGUUUUCUGUUCACUGGUCUUUGAACCCGUGAUGCAAUACGAGGGCAAAGAGGAUGCUUCUAUUGAGCAGGUUUUGUCCAAUUCUGAAAGUGGAUUGCGGUUCAAAAACUCAGUCUAUGAGUCGGAAGCCGUUAAAAAGAAAUUGGCCGUCACUCUACCAUUUCUCGAUCAGUUCGGAUUGCUGGAUGACAUGUGAUACGAGUGCUUAUAGUUUAAAUAAAUAAAAGUUGUAGUUCUAGUUCGUA